CCAUCCACAAAGCAUCGAUUAAGUAAUCGAUUAGGCCAUCGAUAGUUCUUUUCGUGUUGCUGCUUCCAAUCGCAACGAAACUCGUGGCGAAAUUUAAUAAAAAUUCGCUGACAAUUUGCAUUGCAAAACAAAAUGCCGGGCGUUGAAACGAUCAAAUCCUCUUGGGCGGAUGAGGUGGAGCUCGACUACGGCGGUCUGCCCCCGACCACGGAAACGGUGGAGAAUGGACACAAGUAUGUGACGGAGUACAAGUACAACAAGGACGACAAGAAGACCAAGGUGGUGCGCACGUACAAGAUCUCCAAGCAGGUGGUGCCCAAAACGGUGGCCAAGCGCCGCACCUGGACGAAGUUCGGGGAGUCGAAGAGCGACAAGCCGGGCCCCAACUCGCAGACGACCAUGGUGUCCGAGGAGAUCAUCAUGCAAUUCCUUAACUCCAAGGAGGACGAGAAGGCCAACGAUCCGCUGCUGGAUCCCACCAAGAACAUAGCCAAGUGCCGCAUCUGCAACGGGGAGCAUUGGUCGGUCAACUGUCCGUACAAGGGCACGGCGAUGGACACCAAUCUGAUGGAGAAGAAGGCCACCGCCGCCGCAGCGGCCGCCGUGGAUGCCCCCAAGUCCGGAAAGUAUGUGCCGCCGUUCCUAAAGGACAGUCAAAAGGGCGGAUUGGGAAUGCGCGGGCGCGACGAUACGGCCGCCAUCCGGAUAUCCAAUCUGUCCGAGUCCAUGACCGAGGCGGAUCUGGAAGAGCUGGUAAAGAAGAUCGGCCCGCAGAGCAAGAUGUAUUUGGCGCGCGACAAAAAUACCGGACUCUGCAAGGGAUUCGCCUACGUGCACUUCAAGCAGCGUAAGGAUGCGGCCGCCGCCAUCGAGAUCCUUAACGGCCACGGGUACGACCAUCUGAUCCUCAGUGUGGAGUGGUCCAAGCCUCAGAACAAUUAGAUAGUCCCGUUCUCGUUCCCGUUCCCAUUGCCCGCGUUUACUGCUUAUAGGAGUUCGUACGGAUUGAUCACACAAAAUGUCCCUAUGCUAUAUAAGUUUGCUACAUAUAAAUAAAUAAAACUGCCCGCAGGGGCACCGACAAAAAA